UAUGCAAAGAAGACAAUAUUUUGAGGGAGAAGCAAUUUUGUGUACCAUUCAAAUUGCAUUAGCUGAAACGUUUUUCAUAGGAGGAACUGCGUAUGGUUUGUUGUCAGCAGGCGUUGUAUUCAUAGUUGUUCAGAAGGAAUUCGAACACCUGCUAAAUGAACUCUUAGCAAUAAGAAAAAGUACAUUUCUGUCAAAUAAUUUGAAUAAAUUUAUUAGUCAUCACGAAGAAUUGUGGAUAUUUAUCAAUCAGGUGAAUAGAGAGUUCUCUUCUGUGUUCUGCUUUGUUUACUUUGGUGUCAUCUGGAUGACCAGUUUCUGGUUUUAUGGAUAUUUAUUUAUAGAAAUGAACGAAUUAGCGCAAAAUAUAUAUUUUGCAAUGUCCAUCGUCUUUACGUUUAUCUGUAUAAAUAUGGGAUGUGCAUUGUGCUGUAUGGCUUUCACGAUGCAGAACGCUUUUCAAGACAUUCGUCAAUUUGCUGUAUGCAACUUAAAACCGGAACAGAAGCUAAAGAUUCUCGACUUCAUGAAAAGAUUCGGAAAAGUUUCAUUGUGUCUUACGGUGGGUGGAUUUUUCGUCGUCGAUAAAAAAGUUCCAUUUAAGAUGGUGAAAACUUUACAAUCUGUUUUUUCAGGACUUUCAAAAUUAAGGAAUGUAUUGAAUAUGAAGAAAGGGUGCGACAAGAAUUUAAUCACUAAUUACACUUAUUAUAAUGAAAAAUAGAUAAACUGAGAAGUGAGAAAUUAUAGAAAUUGGAAGUACAACAAUCUUAUAAUCGAAUGAUGAAAACAUGAAAAGAAUUAAUUCCUCGU